AUGGCUCCCAACUUUCAUCCAGACGAGAGGUCUUAUCAGUUCGCCAAGUGGACGACGGAAGAAUGCCUUGAAGUCGGCAUUGACUGGACAGACCCAGAGUCCCUGAUCAACAAGAGGUCAAUCCCAGUUACCUACUUCCUUGAGUACCCCGUGAUCCCCAACAUCAACCUCAAGAAACAAGCGGAGGAUGAAGGAGUAGAGGGCUGCUGCGUCGACUACGACAUCGAAGGCAGCGGGGUAUGGGUACCUUGCCUGGUGCUCUCGGCGGCCAAGCUGUUCACUGUCAUAGUUGCGGGAUACAACCAUCCCACUCAAGUGCCUCGUCAUCGCGUCCUCCUGCUCGACGAGAAUCCUCGACUCUUUGCCAGAAGUCUGCACAAGGCGCUGAGGGAGCGGGAGCGAGCGGAGACGUUCUUGCGAUACAACAUCUACGCCGAGAAUAUGCCGACGUCAGACCUGCCUCCGAUGACGCCAUGGGAAAUCUCCCGCAUCACCAGCUCCGCGCUGAACUCAAAGACGCUUGCAAAGUUUGGAGAAGGAGGGAUGACAAGCAUGCUGCUGGACGAGGUCAGGACUGAUCAUGAGCUGACUCUAAAUCAGAUCGUCCUCAAGUCCGUCCUGCAAGACAAGAAGGACCAGAAGGAUUUCUCCCUCCUCGACCUGACCUGCCUGGACAUCAACACGCCCAAGGCACCGGCCCCGCAGACUGGAACCAUCGUGGUGGAGCCGUACAGCUUCGCAAACGCGUUGAGAGAGUUCCAGGAGAAGACCCUGCUCUCGUUCAAGGAGGUCGUGCACGCCCUGUGCAACGUGCGAUCGGAGUGCAGCAAGGUGUUGGAGCUGCAGCUGCUGGUCACUGAGUUCAAGUCCAGCGUUAGCCUCACCGAGUUCAAGCGCAUCCAGACCGACACGGUCAAGUAUGUCGUGCAGACCCUCAAGCGGAACUGGAUCGACGGGAUCCGCAUCGGCAUCUCGACGCAGCUGGACGGGCUCAAGAACGAGCUGGACCUGGAGGUCAACGACAAGAAGAAGUUCGAAGAGAGCCCCCUCCCCAUCCUUCUGCGCCAGGUGAGGUAUGUCAUGGAGCAGAGCCUUCGAGUGCUGGUGGAAGAGAGCGCCUCUGCCUACACCAAGUUCCUCUCGGAUCUGACGGACAUGGACGUGCAAGUACUGUCCACCGACUCCGUGACCAUCAGGCACAACCAGCAGGAAGAGCACCUGCGGGAGAGAGACCCGUUCUUCCUCGUCGAGCUCAAGUUCGAGGACGGGAUGUUCGUCUACACCACCAGCCCAGCUGACUUUGAGCGAGAGCCAGUCGAUCUCUUCAUCGAAGCCCUUGUUGCAGUCUCCGACAUCCCCCGCGCCGACUCCUACGUCCUCAAGAAGCUCUUCCUUGGUCGACUCAUGUGUCUCUACUCGAUCGGGCCCGAGGAAGACCAGAUGGUGAGGAGGAUCGAGCUGAUGAGGGAGCAGCUGCACAAGGUCUGCAGUCCCCUCACUGAGUACCUCCGGCUGUACGACGAGUACCUCGAGUUCCUCAACAUGGACCUGAGCGAGUACGUUCGCUCGCACGAGGAGAAGGGUUUGUCGCUGCAGGAGGACAAGGACGAGGUCAGACGACUCAAUGACGAGAAGGCUCGGAUUACAGAGAGCAUCCCUCCCUCCAUCAGGAUCGGUAUCUUCCAGGUGGACUGUCAGAACGUCAAGCAGCAGCUGCAGACCAAGUUCGACCUGCUCGUCAGAAUGAUUCUUUCCCUCAUUGCGCAGAAGGCGUCGGAGCUGAGCAAGAACAUCGGCUCCAAGUUCACUGACAUCCACAAGAAGUUGCUCCUGCAUCCGGAGAGCGUCGAGCAGAUCGUUGAGAUGGAGGAGUACAUCAAAGAGAUCCCUAAAAAGACGGCAGAGAUCCACAUGGUUCUAGUCGACAUGCUCUCACAGUUCGAAGUCCUCGAGAACUUCUCCUUCCAGCUCAGUGACGAGCAGUUCAGCGACAAGUGGUCGGCGUACGCCUGGCCAAAGACGCUGGAGCAGACGAUCGGCGACGCCAGCCAGAAGAUGGAGGAGAAGAGAGAUGCGUUCAAGAACGAGCAGAUCGCUGAGCAGGAGGCGUUCGUGGACAAGCUCGACCAGAUGGAGGCGAUCAUCGAGACCUACCACCAACACAACUCCCUCAGUAACAUCGAUACCAUCGCCCCUGACGUCCGGGCCAAGGCGCAGACUCUCAAGGAGUACACGGAGUUGUCCAAGGUCUUCAAUCAGCGAGAAGUCCUCUUCGGCCUCGAGCCGACCAACUACGAGCGGGUGCACAGGAUGGGCAAACAGUUCGAGCCCUACACGCAGCUGUGGAUCUCAACGGACGACUGGAGGACGUGGAAGCAGUCGUGGCUGGUGGACGACUUCACCUCCCUGCAGCCCGAGACCAUGGACCAGGAGAUCCAGGAGACCUGGAGAAACCUGCUCAAGGCCAGCAAGGCUCUUGCCGACUACCCCGAGUGUCAGAAUAUCGCUGACGAGAUCCGGGCUGACAUCGACGAGUUCAAGCCGCUCAUGCCCGUCAUCGCCUCCCUGCGCAACCCCGGGCUCAAGGAUCGUCACUGGGAGCAGAUGUCAGCAGAGCUGGGAUUCGAGCUGAAGCUGGGAAAGACGCUGAAGAACCUGCAGGACGUGAUCGCCCUCGACCUGCAUGCCCAGCAGGAGAAGAUCGUCAAGAUCUGCGAGACGGCGGCCAAGGAGUACUCGAUCGAGGCGGCGCUCAACAAGAUGCAGAACGAGUGGGAGCAUGUGGAGUUCGAGAUCAUGCCGUACCGCGAGACCGGCUCCUUCGUGCUCAAGGGGUCGGACGAUAUCCAGCAGAUGCUUGAUGACAACAUCGUCAUGGCGCAGGCCAUGAGCUUCUCCCCCUUCAAGAAGCCUCACGCCGAGAGGCUCGAAGCCUGGGCCCAGAAGCUCAACAUGAUGUCGGAGAUUCUAGAGCAGUGGCUCAACUGCCAGAGGAAUUGGAUGUACCUAGAGCCAAUCUUCAGCUCUGACGACAUCAUGAAGCAGCUGCCGUCGGAGGGUCAGAAGUUCAAGGCCUGCGACCGGCAGUGGAGAAAGUACAUGAAGAUGGCAGCCGAUGACCCCAACGCCCUUCGCUUCACCGACACGCCUGACCUCCUCGGGAUUUUCAUGCAGGCCUACCUCACGCUCGAGCAGGUACAGAAGGGUCUGUCGGACUACCUCGAGACCAAAAGGCAGGCGUUCGCUCGCUUCUACUUCCUCAGCAAUGAGGAGCUGCUCGAGAUCCUGUCACAGACUAAAGACCCGCGGGCAGUCCAGCCACACCUGCGCAAGUGCUUCGAGGCCGUGGACCGAGUCACGUUCGAGGAGGACCUGGCCAUGACGUCCAUGUGGUCGGGGGAGGGAGAGAACGUCGUGUGGGACGGGAAGGUGUACCCUGAGGGGAACGUGGAGUUCUGGCUGACCGACGUCGAGAGGAUGAUGCGCAUGUCCAUCAACACGCAGGUAGGAUACUCGGUGGAGGACUAUGCCAAGGAGAGCCGCCCGGUGUGGGUCCUCAAGUGGCCGGGCCAGAUCAUCCUGGCGUGCGACCAGAUCUACUGGACGAGGGAGACGGAGGAGGCGAUCAAGAAGCUACAGCUGAAGGAGUACCACGAGCAGUGCCAUCAGCAGCUCCUGGACGUGACGAAGCUCGUCAGGACUGAUCUGAGCAAGAUGCAGAGGGUCUCCCUCGGCGCCCUCGUGACCCUCGAUGUCCAUGGCAGAGACGUCGUGGAGAACCUGCACAAGGUUGGCGUCCAGUCCACCAGAGACUUCGAGUGGUCCGCCCAGCUGAGGUACUACUGGGAGAAGAGCUCGGAGGGAUUCAGCGGCGACUUUGGGAGCUUCGUGGUGCAGGUGGAGAACAGGUUCCGCUACGGCUGCGAGUACCUGGGGAACAGCAUGAGGCUCGUCGUCACUCCCCUCACCGACAGGAUCUACCUCACCCUUACCGGGGCCCUCGGCAUGGCACUCGGCGGGGCUCCGGCAGGGCCAGCAGGGACCGGGAAGACGGAGACGACCAAGGACCUCGCCAAGGCGCUGGCGAAGCAGUGCAUCGUGUUCAACUGCCAGGAGGGGAUGGACUACAUCAUGGUGGGGAAGUUCUUCAAGGGGCUGGCCAUGUCCGGGGCAUGGGCCUGCUUCGACGAGUUCAACAGGAUCAACAUCGAAGUGCUCUCCGUCAUCGCCCAGCAGCUGCUCACCAUCAACCAGGCCAUCGUCAACAAGCUGGAGCGGUUCGUGUUCGAGGGGGUGGAGAUCUCGCUGAACCCGGAGAACGCUUCCUUCAUCACCAUGAACCCGGGCUACGCGGGGAGGACCGAGCUGCCCGACAACCUCAAGGUUCUCUUCCGCCCAGUCGCCUGCAUGGUCCCCAACUACGCUCUCAUCGGGGAGAUCCGCCUCUUCUCCUUCGGCUUCCAGGACCCGAGGAACCUGGCGGAGAAGAUGGUGAAUUGCUUCAAGCUCUCUUCAGAGCAGCUCUCCUCCCAGGACCACUAUGACUUCGGCAUGCGAGCAGUCAACACUGUCAUCUCCGCCGCCGGGCUCAACAAACGCAGCCAGCCGGACGCAGACGAGGGCAUCCUUAUGCUCCGCGCGCUCAAGGACUCGAACCUGCCCAAGUUCCUGACGGACGAUAUCGUGCUCUUCAGCGGUAUCAUCUCGGAUCUCUUCCCCGGCGUGAAGCUGCCGGAUCCCGACUACGGCUCGUUGAUGGAGCAGAUGAAGUUGACUACAGCUGAGAUGGGCCUGCAGUGUGUUCCUAACUUCAUGACCAAGGCAAUCCAGUUCUACGACGUCACCGUCCUCCGCCACGGACUCAUGACUGUCGGGCCCACCGGAGGAGGAAAGACUUGCUGCAAGAACAUGCUGGCCAAGGCACUGACGAUGCUCAAGAAGAAUCAGGACGAGUACUACGAGGUCAGGCAGCUGAUCAUGAACCCCAAGUCCAUCACCAUGGGUCAGCUCUACGGCAGCUUCGACGAGGCUACUCACGAGUGGUCGGACGGCAUCCUAUGCAAGCUCUUCAGGGAGGCCGUCUACGACACCAGCGAGAAGCAGAAGUGGGUUGUCUUCGACGGGCCGGUUGACGCGCUCUGGAUCGAGUCGAUGAACACCGUGCUCGACGAGAACAAGAAGCUGUGCCUGGUCAGCGGGGAGAUCAUCACCAUGACGUCAUGGAUGAGGAUGGUGUUCGAGGUCGAGGACCUCUCCGUAGCCUCCCCCGCUACCGUCAGCCGCGUCGGCAUCAUCUACGUUGAGCCCAGCUCGUCCGUCGGCACUGCCGCCAUGGUGACCUCCUGGCUCCAGACCCUCCCCGAGGCCGUCAGGCCGAUGGAGAAGCAGCUCAAGACCCUGUUCGACCAGAUGCUGGACGAGGCGCUGGACUUCCAUCGAAGGAACCUGAGCAGCUUCGUCAAGACGGUCGAGCCCAACCUGUGGCGUUCGGUGCUCAACGUGCUCGACGGCUUCCUCAAGGAGUACAACGUGAUGGAGGGGCAGGCGGUGGACCCUGAGAGGCUGGAAGCUCUCAAGACCAACAUCGAGCCGAUCUUCCUCUUCUCCAUCAUCUGGGGCAUCGGAGGGGCCCUGGACGCGCCGAGCAAGCUCAAGUUUGACCAGUGGAUGAGGGGAAAGAAGAACUUCCCAGCCAAGAAGACCGUCUUCGACUACGCCUACGACACCCAGCAGUGCAAGUGGAAGGGAUGGAUGGAGACUAUUGAGCAGGCUCCCAUAGACCCCAGGAAGUCCUUCUCCGAGCUCAUCGUUCAGACCCCCGAGUCCGUCAGCUACGCGUUCAUGAUCGAGCACAUCUGCUCUCAGAUGAAGCACGUCCUCUGCAUCGGCCCCACGGGCACCGGCAAGACGCUGGUGGUAAAGCAGAAGCUGAUGAAGGGGAUGGACCCUUCGGUCUACAGCCCCAUCUUCGUCACCUUCUCCGCUCAGACCACCGCCAACCAGACGCAGGACAUCUUGGACGGCAAGUUUGACAAGCGGAGGAAGGGAGUGUUCGGCCCUCCCGCAGGGAAGAAGUUCACCAUCUUUGUCGACGAUACCAACAUGCCUCUGAGGGAGCAGUACUUCGCCCAGCCCCCCAUCGAGCUCCUGCGGCAGUGGAUGGACCAUGGCGGCUGGUAUGACAGGAAGACUCAUCAGUUCUGCCAGAUCAUCGACGUCAUGUUCGUAGGAGCCAUGGGUCCCCCGGGAGGCGGGCGCCAACCCGUGACCAACAGGUUCCUCAGGCACUUCAACCAUGUUUCCUUCCCCGACAUGAACGACGACAGUUUGCGUCUUAUCUUCCGAACCAUCUUUGCUGCCCACCUGGAGACCUUCUUUCCGCCCAAAAUGAAGGCCCUCCUGGACCCGAUCUGCGAGGCUUCGCUCGACCUCUACAACAACUGCCUCAAGUCGCUGCUGCCCACCCCCGCCAAGUCGCACUACACCUUCAACCUGAGGGACCUGGCCAAGAUUUUUCAGGGGAUCAUGAUGGCAGAUAGCAAGAAGAUCGGGGAGGACGAGGGGAUGGUUAUCCGCCUUUGGGUCCAUGAGUGCACUCGUAUCCUCAGGGAUCGCCUGACCGACACCCCGGACAGAGAAUGGUUCGACGACCUCGUCGUUGACUUGAUUGGAGACUACAUGGUUCCUGGAGCUGAUCCAAGGAUGUACGUCGAAGUUCAGGACCUCGCGCUGCUGAGGAGAACGAUGGAAGGAUAUCUGGAAGAGUUCAACGUGUUGACCAACAAGCCCAUGAAGCUGGUUCUCUUUCUCGAUGCCAUCGAGCACGUGUCAAGGAUCUCAAGGAUUCUUCGUCAGCCUCGCAGCAACGCUCUGCUGUUGGGAGUGGGAGGAAGCGGCAGGCAGAGCUUAACUCGAGUCGCAGCCUUCUGCGCGAGCAUGGACUGCACUCAGAUCGAGAUCGCCAAGGGCUACGGGAAGAACGAGUGGAGGGAGGACAUCAAGAAGAUUUUGCUAAGGGCUGGAAAGGACGGAAAGCCAACGGUCUUCCUCUUCACAGACACUCAGAUAGUGAUGGAAUCAUUCUUAGAGGACCUCAACAACAUCCUCAACUCAGGAGAAGUCCCCAACAUCUUCGACAUGGCGGAUCAGGAUCAGAUCAUGAUGUCCAUCCGAUCCAUCUGCCAGGCCGAAGGCAUUCCCCUCACGAAGCAGAACAUGUACGAAAGGUUCUUAGUCCGCAUACAGGCCAACCUCCACCUCGUCCUCGCCUUCUCGCCCGUCGGCAACUCCUUCAGGAACAGACUGCGGCAGUUCCCCAGCCUCGUCACCUGCUGCACCAUCGACUGGUUCACCGAGUGGCCGGCGGAGGCGCUGCGGGGAGUCGCGAGCGAAUCGUUUGCGGAGAUCGAGUUCCCGUCGCAGGAGGUCAAGGAUGGGAUCAUAUCCAUCUGCCGGGACAUUCACCAGGGGGUCGAGGAGGCGUCGCAUCGAUACGCGGAGGAGAUGAGGAGAUACAACUAUGUUACUCCCAGCUCCUACCUGGAGCUCCUGACCACCUUCAAGAAGGUGCUGAAGGAGAAGAGGGAGGAGAUCGGGACGGCGAAGAGGAGGCUCUCGGUCGGGCUGGACAAGUUGAUAUCGACGGAGAAGGACGUCGAGACGAUGAAGCAGGACCUGAUUGAGCUCCGUCCCAUCCUGGAGAAGACGACGCAGGAAACCGAAGAGCUCAUGGUCACGAUCGAGAAGGACAAGAUCAGUGCUGCGGAGACCAAGGCCGUGGUGGAGGUGGAGGAGGCAGCGGCUGCCAAGAAAGCGGCCGAGUGCAAGGAGAUCAAAGACUCGGCUGAGGCCGGGCUGGCGGAGGCUCUGCCAGCCCUCGACGAGGCGGUGGCGGUCCUGAAGAACCUGAAGCUCUCGGACAUCAGCGAGGUCGCCAAGUACUCGAACCCUCCCGCCCUCGUCAAGCUCGUCCUCGAGUCCCUCUGCAUUAUGUUCCAGAUCGCUCCUGCCAAGGUCGGAGAGGCAGGCAAGAAGGUCGACGACUACUGGCCUCCUGGCAAGAAGCUGCUGGGAGACGCCAAGGGCCUUCUGGACAGCAUGUUUGACUACGACAAGGAUCACAUACCGGACAAGGUGAUUAAGAGAAUCGAGCCGUUCAUGGUCAACCCGGACUUCGAGCCCAACAAGAUCUCCAGCGUCUCCAAGGCCUGCACUGCCAUGUGCCAGUGGACCCGCGCCAUGUACACCUACCACGAGGUUGCGCUGCAGGUGGAACCCAAAAGAAUCGCGCUGGCCAAAGCGGAGGAGGAGCUGAAGAUCGUAGAGGGGAAGCUACACGUGCUGCAGGCACAGCUGAAGGAGGUGAUGGACCGCCUGGCCCACCUGGACGAGAAGUUCCAGGAGUCGAUGCACAAGAAGGAGGAGCUAGCAAACAAGGCGGAGGACUGCCGGGUCAAGAUGGACAGAGCAGAUCGCCUGCUCGGGGGCCUCGGGGGGGAGAAGGUUCGCUGGUCGGAGACUGUGGUGAAGUUUUCCCACAUGAUGGACAACGUCAUCGGGGACGUGGUGGUGGCUGCCGGGGGCAUCGCGUACCUGGGCGCGUUCGUUGCCUCGUACAGGGAGGAGCAGGAGAAGUUCUGGUCGGAAAAGCUCAAGGAGUACGGCAUCCAGCUGACAGCAGGAGCCGGAGUGCGCAGCACGCUCGCCGAUCCCGUGCAGAUCCGAGCAUGGAACAUCAGCGGGCUGCCGACCGACGUGUCGUCCAUCGAGAACGCCAUCAUCCUCAGCAAGUCUCGCCGCUGGUCGCUGAUGAUCGACCCGCAAGGGCAGGCGAACAAGUGGAUCAAGAACAUGCAGAAGGGCAAGGGCCUGGAGGUCAUCAAGCUCUCCGAGAAGGAGUUCCUCCGCACCCUCACCAACGCCGUGCGCUUUGGCAAACCCGUGCUGCUGGAGAAUGUCGGGGAGGAGCUGGAUCCCUCCCUGGAGCCCAUCCUGGCGAAGCAGAUCUUCAUGCUCGGGGGUGUGGAGAUGAUCAAGAUAGGAGAUGAGACGCUGGAGUACAACCCGGACUUUUCCUUCUUCAUCACCAGCAAGCUCCCCAACCCUCACUACUCCCCUGAGACCUGCGUCAAGGUCACCCUCCUCAACUUCACCGUCAACCAGUCCGGGCUCGAGGAUCAGAUUCUCGGCAUCGUGGUGGGGAAGGAGCGCCCCGACCUUCAGGAAGCGAAGAACCAGCUCGUGAUCUCCAUGGCGGAGAUGCGGAAGACGCAGAAGGAGCUGGAGGACAAGAUCCUAAAGCUGCUCGCGGAGUCUGAGGGCGACAUCCUAGCAGACGAGAACCUGAUCGUGAUCCUGGGGGAGGCCAAGGUGACAUCAGACGAGAUCGCAGUGAAGGUGGCGGAGGCGGAGAAGACUGAGAAGGAGAUCGACGAGACGAGGGGCAAGUACCGGCCGACGGCCUUCCGAGGCUCCAUCCUCUUCUUCUGUGUGGCGGAUCUUGCGGCGGUUGACUCCAUGUACCAGUACUCCCUCCAGUGGUUCCUCCAGCUGUUCGAGUCCGGCCUUGAGAACUCCCCGCCAGCAGAGGAGAUUGCUGAGAGGUGCAGGAACGUCAACGAGUUCUUCACCUUCUCACUCUACAAGAACAUCUGCCGCGGGCUGUUCGAGAAGGACAAGCUCCUCUUCUCCUUCAUCCUCUGCAUGAAGAUCAUGCAAGGCGACAACCGCAUCGACGCCGCCGAGCUGAGGUUCUUGCUGGCAGGGGCCACCAGCAACGAGCCGCACAUCGCGAACCCAGCCAAGGAGUGGCUGGUGGACAGCUCCUGGAACGACAUCUCAGGCUUGUCAAAGUUGUCAAAGUUCCCGGAGUUUGACGUUGAGUUCUCGUCCCGGGUGUCCGAGUGGAAGGCUUUCUUCGACUCCAACACGUGCUAUAAGGACCCUCUCCCCGGCCAGUGGGACUCCUCCCUCUCCACCUUCCAGAAGCUCCUCGUGCUCCGUUGCCUGAGGCAGGACAAGAUACAGGACGCCAUCAUGGGGUUCGUCACGGAAGAGAUGGGAGAGAAGUUCAUUGAGCCUCCUCCCUUCAACCUUCCCCUCGCCUUCGACGACUCUCUUUCCACCGUCCCGUUGAUCUUCAUCCUCUCCACAGGGGCAGACCCGACCAUGGCGCUCCUCUCUUUCGCACAGAGCAAGGGCUUUAGCGAGCGCCUCGAGUCGAUCUCCCUGGGACAGGGCCAGGGCCCCAUAGCCGAGAAGAAGCUCGCGGCCUCGACCAAGAGCGGCUCCUGGCUCCUCCUACAGAACUGCCACCUGGCGGUCAGCUGGAUGCCGAGGAUGGAAGCGAUAGUCGACGGCUUUGACCCCAACUCUCUGCACCCUGACUUCCGGCUCUGGCUCACUGCCAUGCCCUCCCCCCAGUUCCCCGUGGCUGUGCUUCAGAACGCGGUCAAGAUGACGUUGGAGCCGCCCAAGGGGCUCAAGGCGAACAUGAUGGGCUCGUUUCAGAACUUCAGCGACGAGUUCUUCGAAUCCUGCCAGAAGCCGGACGUGUUCAAGAAGCUCGUCUUCUCCCUCUGCUGGUUCCAUGCUGUGAUGCAGGAGCGCAGGAAGUUCGGACCCCUCGGCUGGAACAUCUCCUACGACUUCUCCAACUCGGACCGAGACAUCUGCCUCGGCCAGCUCCAGAUCUUCCUCGACAAGUACGAGGAGAUCCCCUUCAAGGUCAUCUUUCAGCUCUCCGGCGACGUCAACUACGGCGGCAGGGUGACCGACGACUGGGACCGCAGGACCAUGAACACGCUCCUCGCCGGCUACAUCUGCCCAGCUGCCCUCCAGGACGGCUACCAGUUCUCAGCUGACCCCAGCUACUGCCAACCCCAGGCCUCCUCCUUUUCCGACUACCUCGAGUGUCUCCAGUCCUGGCCCCUCCAACCGAGCCCGGAGGCCUUCGGCCUGCACGAGAACGCCGACAUCACUUGCGCGCAGAACGAGGUCCGAGCGCUCUUCGAGAACGUCCUCGCGCUGCAGCCCAGGGUCUCCUCGGGGAGUGGGAUGAGCAGGGACGAGACGAUAGACAUGAUCGCUGAGAACAUGCUGAACAAGCUCCCCAGCCCCUGGCUGCUGCUCGACGUGCAGAAGCAGUACCCGGUCAUGUACGAGGAGUCGAUGAACACGGUGCUACAGCAGGAGUGCAUACGCUACAACAACCUGCUGGUGACCAUGAAGGCGACGCUCUCCGACGUCAGGAAGGCGCUCAAGGGCCUCGUGGUGAUGUCUGCCGAGCUCGACGCGCUGGCUACCUCCCUGUUCAACAACCAGGUCCCUGGCGCAUGGGAGUCGAAGGCGUACCCGAGCAUGAAGCCUCUCGCGCUCUGGCAGGAGGACCUUCACAAGCGAUGUUCCUUCAUCCAGCUGUGGAUCGACGAGGGGAUCCCCGUCACCUUCUGGAUCAGCGGCUUCUUCUUCCCCCAGGCCUUUCUGACGGCCAUCUUGCAGAACUUUGCGAGGAAGCAGCAGAUCGGUAUCGACACCAUCAGCCUGGACUUCGUCAACCAGACGGUGGAGCACACCAGCAUCUCCACGAAGCCUGAGAACGGCGCCGUCGUGUGGGGACUCUUCCUGGAGGGAUGCAGGUGGGACAUCUCUCAGAACAGUCUCAUCGAGUCUAGACCAAAGGAGCUUUUCACCAGCUACGUUCCCAUCCUCCUCCUGCCCAUCCAGCAUCGUCCGAAGCCGAAUCCUGCGACGACGCUCAUGUGCCCCUGCUACAAGAUCCUGACGAGGAAAGGCGUCCUGUCAACCACCGGGCACUCGACAAACUUCGUGACGACCAUCGAGGUCCCUACCAACACAGCACCCGAGCACUGGGUGAAGAGAGGAGUCGCAUUGUUCCUUGCUCUUGCUUACUAG